AUGGGUUCUGUUGAAGCUUUGUCAAGUUCCGGAUACAAAGGAGGAGAUUCAGAAAUGGAGGAGAAGAAGAAAAAGAUGUUGAAGAACCGUGAAUCAGCGAAGCGAUCGCGAACUAGGAAGCAGGAGCAAUUACUGAAUGUCACUAAUGAAGUCAACGAUUUGCAAGGUGUAAACAAGAAGCUAGUAGAGUGCAUAAAGGCAAAGGAAGAAGCAUUCAUUCAAACUGAAGCUGCUAACGAUAUCCUCAGGGCUCAGGCUAAGGAAUUGACCGAUCGAUUGCGCUUCUUGAACUCUAUUAUUCAGGGUACUCAAGAUGCCAAGGGAUUAUUUCUUUAG